AUGGCGGACACUGUCUCGAAGCAUCGAGAUGAGUUUGCUUUUGCUCAGCUUGAGAACGAGAGAGCUCUGACGUCUCUGCGUGACGAGCUAAGGGUAGCUCGUGGGAUUGCUGAUCGGUCUCCGGCUGAGAUAACUGCUCUUCAGACCCUUGUCGAUGCCCACCAUCGGGAGCACAAGGCUCUCUGUGAGAUGCUUUAG